AUGGCAGAAGCAACAAAACCCAACCCUCAAACAAACCACCCAGAUGUUCCCAAGACUCGAAAGGCCUUCGUGCCUCUCGAGAACAACCCCGAAGUAAUGACCUCCCUAGUCCACAAGCUCGGCCUCUCCCCCGCCCUCUCCUUCCACGACGUCUACAGCAUCAGCGACCCCGACAUGCUGGCCUUCGUGCCCCGCCCCGCAGCCGCGCUCCUGCUCGUCUUCCCCGUCAGCGCCUCGUACGAGACAUCGCGCAUGGACGAAGAUAAAGAAAAGCCGGAAUACGAGGGCAAGGGCGAGGGCGAGCCUGUCGUAUGGUAUAAGCAGACGAUCCGGAAUGCGUGUGGGUUGAUUGGUAUCUUGCAUGCGCUGAGUAAUGGAUUGGCGACGAAUUUUAUCGCUUGUCUUGUCUCGUCUUGCUCGGUCGGUCAUGAUUGUACAAGUGGAGUGGAGUGGAGUAUGCUGAUUUUUGAUGAUGGGGAUUGUGUAGAGCCGGACUCGGAUCUCCAUAAACUAGUCAAAGAUGCUAUACCCCUGGCUCCAGCCCAGCGAGCCGAUUUGCUAUACAACUCGCAGGCCCUGGAGAGUGCGCACCAGAGUGCGGCCACACAGGGAGAUAGUGUGGCUCCGGCUGCCGAGGAUAACAUCGACUUGCACUAUGUGUGUUUCGUGAAGGACGAGAAGAGCAAUUUGUGGGAGCUAGAUGGGAGGAGGAAGGGGCCGCUGAAUAGGGGGGCACUGGGCGUGGAUGAGGAUGUAUUGAGUGAGAAGGCUCUUGAGCUUGGUGUGAAGAAGUUCUUAGCGAGGGAGGAGGCGGCUGGUGGUGGGGAGUUGAGAUUCAGUGUCAUUGCUUUGGCUCAGAGCCUGGAUUGA